CUACAAACAAGGGUAAAUUGGAAUGAAGUAAUCUGUUAUACCGGCAACUUCCGUUUUGCCUUUUAGUUUUUCACUUCGUGAUGGGUAUCAGUCGGGACCAUUGGCAUAAAAGGCGAGCCACAGGAGGCAAGAGGAAGCCUCUGCGUAAGAAGAGGAAGUUCGAGUUAGGUCGCCCAGCCGCCAACACAAAACUUGGACCUCGUAGGAUUCAUUAUGUUCGUACCAGAGGUGGUAACCUUAAAUACAGGGCUUUGAGGUUGGAUACUGGCAAUUUCGCUUGGGGUAGUGAGGGUACCGCCAGGAAAACCCGUAUUAUCGAUGUAGUUUACAAUGCCAGUAACAACGAAUUGGUGCGUACCAAGACUUUGGUAAAGAAUGCUAUUGUUGUAAUUGACGCUACCCCGUUCAGGCAGUGGUACGAGGGANAAGGGAGCUAAGCUGGUGAGUUUCAGAAAAUUAAUUUUUUUAAAUUCACUCCGGAGGAAGAGGAAAUUUUGAAUAAGAAACGUAGUAAAAAAGUUCAAAAGAAGUAUGAAACCAGGCAGAAAACUGCAAAAGUUGAGCCUGCACUUGAAGAACAGUUCCAGACCGGAAGAUUGUUAGCUUGUUUGGCAUCGAGACCUGGACAGUGCGGUAGAGCCGACGGUUAUGUAUUAGAGGGAAAAGAACUUGAGUUCUAUAUGCGUAAGAUUAAAUCUAAGAAAGCAAAGUAAAGUUUUUAUAAAGGUGUAUAAUAAAGUUUGACGCCAAUA